CAUUACUUAGAUUAUAUAACUCUUUUGUACUUGGCACUAGAGAAAUAUAACUCUUUGCAAAAGCAAUUUCCAUUUGUCCAAAAUAGCGAUCAUGAUUUUCAUUUCUUUAGCUAUUUUUCUACUUUCUCUUGCUUUUCUAUGGCUAUGGAGAACCAACAAAAAUUCAAAUAAACUACCACCAGGUCCAAAAGGGUUGCCAAUUUUGGGUAGCCUUCUCAAAUUAGGAUCAAACCCUCAUCGUGAUCUUCACCAAUUAUCUCAAAAAUAUGGACCAAUCAUGCACUUAAGGUUAGGUUUAGUACCAACCAUAGUUGUUUCUUCACCUCAAGCAGCUGAGCUUUUCCUCAAAACCCAUGAUCAUGUGUUUGCUAGUAGGCCACCAACUGAGGCAAUAAAACACAUCUUUUGGGGACAGAGAAACAUGAGUUUUGGUGAAUAUGGUUCUUAUUGGCGCAACAUGAGAAAAAUGUGCAUGUCUGAAUUGUUGAGCCAUGCAAAAAUCAACUCUUUUAGAUCCAUGAGGGAACAAGAGCUUGACCUAUUGAUUAAGUUUCUAAGAGAAAAAUCUAAUGAUGGAACAAAAGUUGAUUUAAGUGCUAAGAUUUCUUCACUCACUGCUGAUAUGAGUUGUAGAAUGGUUUUGGGGAAAAAGUUUAUGGAUAAAGAGUUGGAUGAGAAAGGGUUUAAGGCUGUGAUGCAAGAGGGAAUGCAAUUAACAGCUACUCCUAAUAUUGCUGAUUAUAUUCCUUACAUAGGAAAACUUGAUUUACAUGGGCUCGCUAAACAGACAAAGGCAAUUGGAAAAAUCUUUGAUGAUUUUUUUGAGAAAAUAAUUGAUGAACAUAUUCAAUUUGGCAAUAAAGAUGAUAAGAAUAAGGAUUUUGUAGAUGUCAUGUUGGGUUUUCUUGGCACUCAAGAAUCCGAAUACAACAUUGAACGGUCCAAUAUCAAAGCCAUUAUGCUGGAUAUGUUAGCAGGUUCCAUGGAUACUUCUGCGACCGCAAUUGAAUGGGUAAUUUCUGAGUUAUUAAAGAAUUCAAGAGUGAUGGAAAACGUGCAAAAUGAAUUAAAAACUAUAGUGAAUAUGAAGAGGAAAGUGGAAGAAUCAGAUUUGGACAAGUUGAAGUAUUUGGACAUGGUUAUAAAAGAAAGCCUUAGGCUCCAUCCAGUGGCCCCCCUAUUAAUCCCGCACCAAUCAUCCGAAGAUUGCACGGUCGAAGAAUUUUUCAUACCUAAAAAAUCAAGAAUCAUUGUGAAUGCAUGGUCAAUUAUGAGAGAUCCAAAGGCUUGGACUGAUCCAGAAAAGUUCUGGCCAGAGAGAUUUGAAGGAAGCAAUGUAGAUGUUAGAGGGCGUGAUUUUCAUCUCAUACCAUUUGGUGCUGGUAGAAGGGGCUGCCCUGGAUUGCAGUUAGGUCUAACUGUGAUUCGUUUGGUGGUGGCCCAACUUGUGCAUUGCUUUGAUUGGAAAUUGCCAAAUAAUAUGUUAUCAGGUGAUUUGGACAUGACAGAAGAGUUUGGCCUUACAAUGCCUAGAUCCAAUCAUCUAAUUGUUAUCCCGUCUUACCGUCUUUGAAGUGAUAGUGAUUAGAUUAUGUUUCUAUUUUGAUGAACAGAUGAUUCAAAUGCUUAUGAAAUAAACACUUGUCUUUUUUAUCUUA